GGUCUUCCCCCUCACGCACAGCCUAACUUCUAGACCUAACACGCUAGUACGGCCUUACCUGUUAUAAUCAUCUCCAACCUCUGCAACUCGCAGAAUUAACGAAAAAGACAUCGUUUUAAGAAGCACCCUUCUUUUUAUUUCUUUCCUUCUAUUUUUCCUCGAGUGAUUGUUUGAUCUGAAGUUAGAACUCCGGAUGGGCUAUUGAUAUGAUUUAUCAGUCGGAUUUUAUCGCUAACAGUUUCAUUGGUGCGGUUCCUCACUGGUUAAUUUUGGGUUGGCCUCUACUGCGUGUUGCUUAACGAUUUUGAUCACCAAGUUUGAGUUUUGUUGGACUUAGUUUGAUUAUGCUUCAAUCUGGUCGGUUUUUGGUUUGUGUGAUUGUUGUAAACCCCCCCCCCCCGGGGUGGAUGUUAGUUUGUCUCUGCUUUAGACUCGCGGAAAAGAAUAAUAUAAAAUAAGUUGUUGCUUGUGGUGGAUAAGAAGGACUUAAAAAGCUUAAACGGUUUGCGGUAAUGUGUUCCGUGCAAGUCAUUCCUUCGGUUUUCUUCAACUUCUGUUGAUCGUUUCAUGAGAAAUCGUCCUGGCAUUUAUUGAUUAUUCUUACUUCAGCUUCAAAGGUUCCUCUCAGAUCGAUGUUUGCCUCAACUUUGUUCUUUCUAUGAGAUUGCUACUUUCGUAGCCCCUCCCUUUCCUUUCGACCUACCUUAAUUGGUUAGGCAUGGUCUUCCUCUUUCACCAGUCAUGCGCACUUGAAUUUGGCUAUAACUCUUUUAUUUUCCCACACCUCACAUCCCGUCCUCCGUAUAUUUGCGGGCUAGUUAUAUGAAUCUUUGUUUAAUUGAAUCGAGGAUUCCAAGUUUGAUUGUCAAGGGUCUGAUUUAACUUAAUCAAGGGGUGAUUGACUCCGAAUUAGUGUAAUGCUGGGAUUUAUUAUCUCGGAAAAGUUUGGGAUACUGCUAUCUGUCUUUCGUUGUGAUUGUUUGGACUGUUUGUGAACUCCGCGGAAUAAUGUACCUUUUCAAUUCUUGUUUCAGGCAUAUGCGCUGAUCUUGCUUCCUGACAUGAGCUGCUUGUGCUUCAUCUGUUGCCGGCAUGGAGAUCGUAUGAUCUGUGCCCAUUGUAGUUCUCAGAUAUUUAUCAUGUCCUUGACUUUCUCUGUACCUACAGCAGAGGAAAUGGUGGUUUCAAUGUCUCAUAUGUGGAUGCCCCUGUUAGAUACAUAGUCUGAGAUUCUUACAAGUUUAGAAUUACUUGAGUAGGAUUACUGCAUUGCAGGUUUAGUUGCAAACAGGUAGCAUAAAAUCUUGAAUAGUGAAACGGAUCAGGGUGGAGGCUGAGAUUCCCCUAGUCAGUUGAAGAUUGUAUAUAAAGGACCACACUGAGGAAUGGGAUUGAUACCAUAAGCAAACCACUUAUUUCUUUAGGAAAAUCAGAAUUUAUAUUACACUAGUGAUGGGCUUGCCACAGAUACCCUUGAGUGCAACUGCAGAAGAAGUUGCACCAGCGACAGCUGUUUUGCAUAGCUCUCCACAGUUUUCUGAUGUAAGCUCCUCUAAUAUUGACAAUGUGCAUAGUGGAAGUACUAGUGGACUGGCUGCAUAUCCUCGGGGUCCCCCAUUCAUUGAUUUCCCAAAGAAAGCCUCAUUGGAAAUUUCAAAUACAUCUGAUAAUAUGUGUUAUUAUAGAGGAGCCAUUGAGGUCACUUCUAAUGUGCACAGCCUGAAUAUUGGCUCGUCGGACAGCAGUUGCUUCUGUGCUUCAAGAAAUGGGCGAAGUAUUCACACCCCGGCUUCUAGAAUUGUGGGUUUUGAAUCUGGCCCAACAAGUUCUUCAACUGAUGGGUUGACUGGAGCUUCAGCUGCUAAUCUUCAUUCUUCUGCUGCUAGUGAUGUCACAGCCAAUGAUACUGAACCUGCCAGUUCAUUGGCGAGGAAGCGACUACUAUCACCAUUGAGCAGUAUGCUCUCUCCACGCAAUUUCAAAGGUGAUGCCCUUGACAUAGGGUGCAGAAAUAUGGAGAGUGGCUCCCUUGUCAAGAGUGAUAAUUUCAAAAGUACUGCUGCACCAGAUAACAAGAAGGCAAAUAUUGGAAGUAAUAGCAGCAGUAACAUGCCUUCUUGGUCCUUGUCAAGUUGCUUGGAGCAAAAAAACAUUCCCCUCAAGACAGAAUCCCUUUUUAUCGGCGAUGGUCCUCUGCUGGAAAAUAGGGAACCAUUAUCCCAUUGUAGUCGUCCUUCCACGCCUGCAGUUGACCACUAUAGGGAAGCAAUGCAAAUAAAACUACCAAGCGACAUGAUGCCCAUAUCCCCUAUAGUGAACUCACCUCCACUUUCCUUCUCGCCUCUUGGUCCUAAAUUUUCUGAAAGGUUAAGUGCAAUGGGAGGUUGUAGGAGUACUAUUAUAGAAAAGAAGAAUUGCAGUAUUACCCUAAAAAAUAUAGAAAACUCUCUGGACAAAUCUAAUUUAUGCCUUCAGAAAGAUAAAUUAAAUAUUGCAAGUAAAUCAUUUGAAGAUGUUGGUAUUUUGUGCAAAGACUUUUGUCCAUCUUCUUUGGAUGAUAGUGCUGAUACAAGUUGGCAAAUAGCUCAAGAAUUAGUGCCCACCUCUCACUCCAUGAGGUUCAGCAGAAGUUUGAGUGGGCUGCCAAUAAGGAGGUCCUUGGUUGGUUCAUUUGAGGAGUCUCUUUUAUCUGGCCGCUUCUUAUCUGGAAGCUUAAGUAAGAGAAUUGAUGGUUUUCUUGCUGUGCUAAGUAUUACUGGGGGAAACUUUUCUCCAAAGUCACAAAAGCUUCCAUUUUCAGUGACUAGUGUUGAUGAAGAUUGCUACCUUCUGUAUUAUGCAUCAAUAAAUCUUGCUGGAAAUUCGUCACCAAACAAGGCUAGAGGCCAACAACUGAAACGAGGAAUCAGCAGUGAUGAUUCACAAAUUGUCAAAAGUCGCUUGCGUAUUCCCAUGAAAGGACGGAUACAAUUGGUUUUAAGCAAUCCAGAGAAGACUCCCCUUCACACUUUCUUCUGCAAUUAUGAUUUGAGCGACAUGCCAGCUGGUACCAAAACGUUCUUGCGACAGAAAGUUACCCUCGAAUCAUCCAGUUCAGCUUCCUCUCAGCCAAAGCAAGGUCCAACAACUCCAAACAGUGGAAUCAUGGGUAAGGAGAUCCCAGAAAAACAAAGUAUCAUGACCCACAAUGUUGAUGAUGGAUGUAGUUCUGAUAAAUGCAAGAAGGAUGACAGAAAGGAAUCAUUCUGGGAGAGAACAUGUGAAGAACCCAGGAAAUCAUUGCACUCCUGUUCAAAAGUUAACGAGAAUAGUAGCAGUGCUGGUCCACUUCGUUAUGCUCUUCACCUCCGGUUCAUUUGCCCUUUCCCUAAAAAGACUACAGGAACAUCACUUCAGAAAUCCCGAGCUAAUUCACUUCCAGAAAAAACUGCAUUGUGUGUGGAAGGGGAUCGGAGAUUUUACUUGUAUAAUGAUCUGAGGGUUGUGUUCCCUCAGCGGCAUUCAGAUGCAGAUGAGGGCAAGUUGAAUGUGGAACACCAUCGUCCUGAGAAUCCAAGAUACUUCGACAUCAACUGAAAACCAAAAAAAAAUUGAGUUUUCCCUCCUCCAAAGAAUGCUGCUUUUGCUGCUGACCAUCUUCUGUGCAGUAACAUGUUGGUCGUCGGUCAUGUCUGUUGGAAAUGACACUAACCCCCUUUACUCCUCCUGUAAAUACUUUGGUUUUUAAAUAAUUUGAUGGAUUAAGUUAGUUGAUACUGACCACCUCCUUAUAAUCAAGGAUCUGGACUUUGGUCUCCGCCAAACCGUUGUGGAGACAGGAGACCCAUAUUGAGCCUUUCAAAGAAGUUUGCUUUUGUGACUACUGAUUAUACCCAAAGGCUGAAGUGAUUAAAAAUUAAACUGC